GUGCGCCCACUAAUUAUGAAAGGAGAUGUUCAUUUUUACUUCUCAUCACAGAAACUAUUUCAUAUUAAAUGUUUUAAAUCACCCAGGCUGUAGGAGUUUUAGUGAGAGACAAGGAUAAAAGAAUAUUGUGUAUUGGGAAGUGAAUUAUUUCCAAUCUCCAUUUAAACUAUUUGAUGAUUGAUUUUGAAGGAUUGUCAUUUCCACAGAAAAAUUGUCGUCAAUAGCCAAGGGCUUGUUAGAUCAAGGGACAUUAAAAUACAGUGACAGAAACACUAACAGAUAUAGUAUACUGAUAGAAAGAUAGUACCAGCCCAGGUUAAGUCAACCAAGCCAUGAAACAAUGAUGGCAGGGCCAGGUGAAUCAUUACGGGACAUACUCCAGUGAUCAUCCUCCUACUCUGGGGUGUAUUGGGUAGAGAGAUCAGAAACUGGACAUUUAACAUCUGGAAGUCAGUAAUGAUCAUUAUCAUGAAUUAAGGUUUCUCUGUAUAUACCUGUGUGCCUCUCAGGAUAAAUGGUCAGUUGAGUAAGAGCCAUCCGUGUGUCAUCUGAAGAAAUUUCCAGAGGAGUUCCCUGUGAUUUUUCAUUUUAAAUUCCUUUUUUCUUUUCUCUCAUGAGGGAUUUCAGAGCUAAAAGUUUCGCACCAGGGGAUUGAGUUUGUUCUGAAUUAAUGCAAGGAUUUUCAUACAACCAGAUGUAAACUAAUUAAAUUAAGUUAAAACUUGAAGAUUUUUUGUGUUUGCAAACUUUAACACUAGUCAUGAAGUCUGGCAACAUUAAAGUGUGUUUUUUUGGAACUGUGCUUCUUCUAGCCUGCAGUAAUUUCAUUUUCGGACAAGAUGUGGUGUAUCAUCUACUGGAGGGGGACGAGUUAGGUAGGACGGUAGGAAACGUUGCAGAAGCUGCCAAGCUAAUAGAAAUUGUAGGAGAAGGGGACUUUCCUCAUCUCCGAUACAGUUUCCUAACAACAGGAACCCCUCAUUAUACAAGUUUUAACAUUCACAAUCAAUCUAGCUUAUUGACAACAAAUCAGGCCAUUGACCGUGAAACAUUGUGUGAAUUUACCAACAUAUGUUUUAUAAAAUUAAACAUAGCUGUUCAGUCCAUGAAGACGAGUUUCUUUAAGAAAGUGACCGUUUAUGUGUAUAUUGAUGACAUUAAUGAUAAUCCUCCAGUUUUUGACAAACCAUCCAUAGAUCUUGUGAUUUCUGAAUCUGUCCUUGUAGGAACUUCUAUCACGAUUGAUGGAGCUCGAGAUGCGGACACCAGUGACAUAUACUCGUUACAAACUUACGAAGUCAUGCCCAAUAACACACCAUUUGAAAUUAACUUUCAGAAGAAGUUGGAUGGCACAUCAAUCGUCAAGUUAUUUGUCAAAGAGGCAUUAAACCGAGAACAAAGAGACAAUUAUCUGUUCAACGUGGUUGCGAGAGAUGGAGGAUCACCUCCUCUUAGUGGUACACUGAGAGUCAAUAUCACCAUCACUGAUGUUAACGACAAUUCUCCAAAAUUCUCACAAUCCACCUAUUACAUUGAAGUCAAAGAAAAUGUCAAUUUAUCAACAGUAAUUCUCACUAUUAGGGCCACUGACCUGGAUGAUGGAAAAAAUGGAAGAGUAUUCUACCGCCUAAGUCCUCACCAGUCCGAGACUAUUUUAAGCUCGUUUGCUGUAGACAAUACCACUGGUGAUUUAACAGUGAUAAAACCACUGACAUAUGUUAAAGGUGAAAAGCAUAUUAUAAUUGUGGAAGCUAGUGAUUUUGGUGACCAACCUCUCACAUCUCAAGCUCUGGUCAAUGUCACAGUGCUGGAUGUUGGCAACAACCCUCCAAGUAUCAACCUUAACCUAUUGUCUUCAGAUUCUCUUGCCAGAGUCUCGGAGUUUGCCAGCAGGGGGACUGUGGUGGCACACAUCGCUGUUGAUGAUCCUGACACUGGAAGAAAUGGAGAGAUCUCAUGUAACAUUAACAAUCCUGCCUUCAAGCUGCAGAGGCUUGAAAACAAGGAGUUCAAGGUGACAGUUGAUCAAGCCCUGGACAGGGAGCUCUACCAACAAAUCCAUGUGACAGUUUUCUGUAAGGACACUGGCAGCCCUCCUUUGAACACAUCUGCUAGCUUCUAUGUGGAAAUUGAGGAUGAAAAUGAUAAUGCUCCUGUGUUUGACUUAUCUGUAUAUACAGCAGGAAUCAUGGAAAACAACAAUAUUGGUGAUGUUAUUGUCCAUGUCCAAGCAACUGAUGAAGACGAAGGAAAAAAUGCUGAUCUUCGUUAUUCCCUCAGUGAAAGUAAUAAUGGCAUGUUCUACAUUGAUGAAAAGAGUGGGAUCAUUCGUACUCAAGCGAGACUUGACCGAGAGAAUACCUCCUCUUACUCUAUUGUAGUGAUUGCACAAGAUCAGGGUGAUAUACCCCUGUCUGGAUCCGCCACUGUCAUCAUCUCCGUCCUCGACAAGAACGACAAUAAGCCAACAUUUAAUCAAACCCAUUACAUGUUUUCUGUGGAUGAAAAUGCUCCUGCAGGAUCACAGGUUGGAAUUCUAUAUGCAACUGAUAAUGAUGAGGGAGAAAAUUCAGUCAUCACGUUCACUGGGCCAGAUUCAGUUCCGUUCACAAUAUUUCCGGGAGGCUACAUUAAAACUGACCGUGUACUGGAUAGAGAGGUCCAGAAUCGUUAUGAGUUUAUUGCACAAGCCAAAGACAAUGAUCAUGUGACCACUGCAGUGGUAACUAUAAACCUAAAUGACAAAAAUGACAAUAAUCCAGUGGUUACCUCCCCUAGUCAUCUAAACAACACCAUUUAUGUUGACAAGCAUACAGUGGUGAACACCAUGGUAACUGUUAUCAGAGCAUAUGAUUUGGACUCUGGUAUUAAUUCAAAUCUUAUUUUCGAAAUCGUUGGGAGAAAUGACUCUGGACAUUUUCACUUGCACCCUGAUAAAGGACAAGUCUUUCUGAAGCGCAGUCUGGAGGAUAAUGUUGGAAAAUCCUUCAGACUGGAUAUUCUUGUCUCGGACAUGGGAAACCCUGUACUUUCUACACCAGCCACCCUCAACAUCAGGAUCCUGAGUUCUAACUCUUCUCCGCUGGAGAGCAAGUCGAGCAAUAUUAUCAUAGUAGCUAUACUUGUGUCUGUGACAAUCAUUAUUUCAUUAGCUAUAAUUAUCGUCAUAGUCUUCAUCAGAAGAAGUGAUAGGCAGCGGAGAAGUAAAAGACCGGAUAAUGAAAACUUUUACAAAGGCGUGUUGGAAAACACGGCCACAGUUUUUGCAGCCCCGAGCGAGGAAUCCAUAUCUGAGAAAAAGAAAAAGAAAGGUGUCAGCUUCUCACUGGAGAAUGGUGUGGACAAAGUGUCAGAGGUCACCACUCAGGGUCAGGAGUUCACCUACGAUAACGACAUGGAGAGGAAGGUGGAGGACCUUCACAGUUUGGGGUCGGCCAGUGAUAGUGGGCGAGGGGGAUCCGAUGACGAACUCAAUACCUCGCGGAACCAUAAUUCCUCAGGUGACAUCCAUUCCACAAAAAAAGACUGGUACCACCCCCACCAAAGAAGCUACAAUGCCCCCAUGCAGACAUUCCUACCUCAAAAUAACCCCCCUUCCUACCACCUCCUCCCCCACCCCGGGGGCAGCCAAAACAGCCACCACGGUUACCAGUAUUCAGAUCCAAUGCAUCAAGGAUCAUCUGGUGAUCACACUAAAACAUAUCAUGGGAGAUCAGUGUCAUAUGAUACAAACACUUCCGUAGGACUGACCGAUGGUCACUCUUCUGACUGUGUGGUUUGACCCAGGACACUUCUGCAAAAUUGAUUUGCAAAAAGUGCUAUAUUGACUCCCAGUUGGAGGAAAUUUGUUUUAUUUUUAAAUUUUUGAAUAAGUCAAAGGUAAUUCAUACCUUUGAUACCAGAUUCUACAAAGAGAAACUCUUUUACAUGACUGCCAAACUAUUUACUUGAGAGAGUCCCAGAGUGAAAUUCUCAGCUGAUUUAGAUAACAAAUACUUUAGACAAUUGAAUUGGCUGUGAAAUCUGAAGAGAUCACUGAGAGAAGCUCUUUCAGCCUGUGAAUUCAGAAACAAAGAAUGCUUAUAGACUCUGUCAACUCCACUUGAUGCACUCAGCAAUUGAAGAGGAUGCCAGCAGCAUUAAUUCAGACUCACUGGCCUUAAAACCCGUAGCAGAGGAAUCUUUCCUGUAUAACUAGUAAAUUUUUUUUUUUUUUUGAAGAUCAUAAAUCUUCAUUGACUUGUCAAUUAAAGGGGAAUAACCCUUGAAAUAUGAUCUCAGUUUUCUAAAGGACAGACACAAUACUUAGAAGUGCCAAACUUUUAAUAAUUCGUUUACUUUGUUGUAUAUUUAAUGUAAUGUGAAGAAAGUGAUGAUGCGAAUGUGUACAUCUGUAUUCAAUGAGAGCAUUUCCUAUGACAUGAUAUGUAUAUAUGUAUAAAAAUGUCACGUGUUUAUAUUCUAUAGCUGAUUGAAUGAGUUUCAAUGCGAUAGGAAGUGUGUAACUGCAAAAUCAUGGCAGCAUAAUUAAUGUUACGCAUUUUAUUAGAGUCUGCUUAGGUGAUGAUAAUAAUAAAAUAUUUCUAAAAACUCUGAA